UCCCAACAAAGUUUCCCUCAGUGGCUGACAAAAAAGAUAUUAUCUCUUCUUAUCAUAUCCACCUCUCGCUGUCUUUUCUGUGAAAAACCUGCAGUCUCCAAAAACCAUUCUAUUUGAAACCAAAUGAUUUCUCAGGACUACGAGUUAUCGCACGAGGUUGUAGGAAUGGCUUGGAUUAUGCUAGGGAUCGAUUACUCAAGGCUCUUUUGGCUAUUGUUCGGUGUUUUCUCGUAUGAAAAUCACGAAGGAAAGCCUCGGAUCAUUUAGCACCAGCUCUCAUCGCCUUCAAUCAUAUAGUUAAGUAUUUAGUCCGAAUAAAUAACACCAUAUAUAGUAGUAAUAGUUAGAAACUUGAAAUAUUCUUGUUCAGAGAGUACCUCAAGGGGUGCUUGAAUACUGCUCAGCGAUGUAUAAGACGCGGUUGGUAGAACCCAUUGACGGAGGAGAGUUGCAGUCAGGGUACAUAGAAAAGGAUCCAUCUGGUCGAUAUGGAUGCUUCAGAGAUGUUCUUGGCAGAGGAGCGAUGAAGACAGUGUAUAGGGCAUUUGAUGAGGUUCUUGGGAUGGAGGUAGCAUGGAACCAGGUGAAGCUUAAUGAUAUCUUUCGAUCACCAGAACAGUUGCAGCGGCUAUACUCUGAAGUCCACCUCCUCAAGAACCUCCAUCACGACUCUAUAAUGAGAUUCUACGCUUCUUGGAUUGACAUUGAACACAGAACUUUCAACUUCAUCACUGAAAUGUUUACCUCUGGCACCCUUAGAGGGUAUAGACAAAGGUACAAGCGAGUGAAUAUUGGGGCAGUCAAGAAUUGGUGUAGCCAAAUUCUACAAGGCCUUGCUUAUCUGCACGGCCAUGAUCCUCCAGUUAUACAUCGGGACCUCAAAUGCGAUAACAUCUUCGUCAAUGGACAUCUUGGGCAAGUCAAGAUUGGUGAUCUUGGGUUAGCAGCCAUACUUCGUGGGUCACAACAUGCCCACAGUGUCAUAGGUACACCCGAAUUUAUGGCACCGGAAUUAUAUGAAGAGGAUUACGAUGAGCUGGUGGACAUGUACUCCUUUGGCAUGUGUGUGUUAGAAAUGCUUACUUCCGAGUAUCCAUAUAGUGAGUGCUCCAACCCAGCUCAGAUAUACAAGAAAGUGACUUCGGGAAAGCUACCGGCAGCAUACUACCGGAUUCAUGAUGUCGAAGCCCAGCGGUUUAUAGGGAAAUGCUUGGAGACGGCUUCGAAAAGGCCAUCUGCCCGUGAGCUCUUGAUGGAUCCAUUUCUAGCAACUGAUGAAGCUGAAUCGGUUCUCACUGCAAAUAUCCCGAUUCAUAUGCUAACUCCAAAUGGAAAAGUGCUGGAUGUGCCAUGUCUAUUGGGUGAUCCAGCAAAGAGCACAGACAUGACAAUCACGGGGACAAUGAACCCCGAAGAUGAUACGAUCUUUCUCAAAGUGCAGAUCUCUAAUAAGGAUGGUAAAGCUAGAAACAUAUACUUUCCUUUUGACAUUGCGAGUGACACUGCGUUUGACGUUGCAAUGGAGAUGGUCAAGGAAUUAGAGAUCACUGAUUGGGAGCCAUUUGAGAUUGCCGAGAUGAUUGAUGCCGAGAUUUCUGCUUUGGCUCCAACCUGGAAGGGAUGGGACUCACCUCAAAGCCAUUACCAGCACAGCUUCGACUACAAUCAAGAUGAUGACGAUAGAACUCAUCACCCAUUCUACUCUCUUUCCUCCCACUCUUCCUCCCAAUCUUCUCUCUCUGGUCUCUUAACUUCUUGCAAAAACCAAUUUCUUGAGGGAAAAAAUAUGAUGAGUUCAGGCCAUGAUUGGCUACAAGAUUUGCUCAUGAAUGAUGAUGCAAGUUCCCAAUGCUCGUUUAGUUCCAACAAGUACUCCAACAUAAAUUACGUUACCGAAAAUGAAAUUGACUUUGACAUGGGCUCUAAAAGAGGAGAGCCCCACUUCAUUGCAAAGACAAACAAAUGCACAAGGUUCUGCCCCGAAGAGAGCAUUACCAAAAAUUGCAGCAAUCAAGGCAAUGUAAUGCAUAAUACUCGAGGAGCUUGCAGUUCAAACUACCAAGGGAAGAUAUCAAGGGUAAGAUCACUUGUGGAUGUGCGCAGCCAAUUGUUGCACCGGACCUUAGUGGAGGAGAUAAACAAGCGGCGCUUAUUCAAGACGGUUGGUGCCGUUGAGAACAUUGGUUACCAUGAACCAGGUGGUUCUUCUGGAAGAUUUGGAUCUAAAUACGGUGAGUGGUGAGGUAUUUUAUAUAUGAGCAAUGGUAUUAGGACAUAAUUUGGAGAUUUAAUAAUUGUCGGUGGAUUCUAAUACUAAAUUAUUAUUGGGUCCUAACAAUAUCAAUCUAAUGGUCAUAAUGCAUUAUUUCUCCAAAUUAUGUCCCAAUAACAUUAAUGUUUAUAUAUACAUAAACCAUGAAUCUCAUAGUUUGUGAUUAUAAAAGUUUUGUGGUGUGGUGUGCAAUUGUAUAAUUAUGACAUUGAAAGGGUUUCUGGUUUAAUAAGACAAUGCAGAAAUGCGUUGAAAUGUAAAAACUGUUAUUUGAAG